AGCCGUGCGGGUGAAGAGGCAGUAUGUGUGUGCUUCGAGAAGGUUUGGCCACCAAGUUGAAUACAGCGCCACCCGCUGCAGAUCGAUGGCGGACAUUUUUCAAGCGGUGGCUAUAAACCGUCGGGCCACCUCUGUUCCAGGCUCUUCAGGAAUUUUUCAACUCACCCGAUUCGGAAUGGAUAAGUCUGUGAAGCCUAGGCAGUCCACUCUAGGCACCGGAUCCACCGUCAUGGGGUCGCCUCUGUCGACAUCGUCGCUCACUUCGAGCUCAGAUCGUGAUCAGCAGUUAGAGAAGUUGCUGAAGGAAAAUAAGCAGUUAAAGCAAAAGGUCGACACAUUGGAGAAAGAGAACAUUACAUUGAAGAAGAGCAUAUACGACUUGUCUACCCAUUACGCGUCUACAAUCUCUCAAGGAGGAUUGCAGUAUCCAUCUUUACCGUAUGUUUUGGAUCCGGAAGUCUCAGCUCAAGAUGUCAUUACCAAAGGUCAGGAUUUGAUCAACAAAGCAGUUCACGAGGCAGCAGGUGGCACAGUGGAUGGAGCACCUAGCUCUACUCGGGAAAGCAAAACAUUUGAAAUCAAGUAUGAACUUCAGGGUCAUACUGGUGCAGUGUACUCCGUAGAAUUCUCUCCGCACGGUAAGCUACUGGCUUCUGGCUCCUUUGAUAAGACUGUGCGAGUAUGGGAUACGGUAUCGGGUCAAAAGGAGAUCUUAUGCCUCAAAUCCCACUCUCUCAAUAUAUCGGAUUUGUCAUGGAGUAUCGAUUCAUCAACCUUGCUAUCCGGUGGAUAUGAUUCAACUUGCAAAACAUGGGAUAUCGAGUCGGGUACAUUAUCAGGAAGUUGGGAAACAAAGGGGUUUGUGCAAUGCCUCGGAUGGGAUUUCGUCAAUGCGCACGUUUUCUAUUAUGGUACCUCUAGGAACGUCCUAGGAAUGAUUGAUGUUAGAUCGGCAUCAUCAACGCAGCCUGAAAAUAACGAAUUUCAGUCACAUCCUAUCAGCCCUGAUGUUCAAUUAACGAAUGAUGCUAUGAUCAACAGUCUUUAUGUAUCGCGGGACGGAAUCCAUGUCAUAACAGGUGAUUCUAAAGGUGCUGUCAAAGUUUGGGAUGUUCGAGCCCGGAAAUGUGUCAAAGAGACUAUCUUUGAUCAAAGUCGCAAUCCAAUUUCGCACAUCACAGUUGGCCGGAGGAUGACAGACGCAACGCGAAGAUCUUUGAAUGAUUACGAUGAACCGAGAUAUAUGGCGAUCAACAGCUACGAUAAUGUUCUUCGUGUAUGUGACCGAGGUUUGGAUCCUCCAAAAUCAGACAUGCGCCUUGUACACACUCUCAAAGGAUUUAAAAACAAGAACUGGCCAAUCAAAGCUUCUUUUUACACUGGCAAAGAAUACAAUGCAUCCAUUCCAAGUCGACUGAAUAAUGCUGUUGAGGAGAAGAGUGUAUUGUUAGCUACUGGAAGUGCUGACCCAUAUGCUUAUUUAUACAAUAUUGGAGAGAAUUCUUCUGAAUUGAUGCAAAGACUGGAAGGGCAUACAGAUCGUGUGUAUGCCGUGAAUUUUCACCCUACAGAGCCUAUCCUUGCUAGUUGUUCAGCAGAUAGCACCAUCAAGGUGUGGGGACCUGCUGUUUCUAGAGGCAAAAAGAAGAACAUUAUGUAGAUUAGAUUUACAUCACGAACACGAACGCUUGUACAUAACAAUAAAUUUAAACAUUCAAUCCCCCCACCGCCAAUUAUACCUUA